UUCCUUACUUCCGGCCGCCGUAAAGCUGCACUUGAAAAACGAGCGAAGGAGGCUUGCGAUUGAGAAGUGUUAACUGCACGGAUCGUCACGGUCCGGUUCGAGAUUAAACCAAAGCGGGAAUAGUUCGCUUUUCGGACGCUGUUUUUUGUUUCCAGUUUUCCCAAGAAAAGCUAAGUGAAAGCCAGACCACACCUGGCAGGGCGUUUUAAAGAGUUUUUUGACCGGCGGUAAAGAGGUGUGAGAGGGAAUGGCAGCUCCGCGGCCCAUUAAAGGCAUUUUAAAAAAUAAAACCGCCACCAAACCAUGUAGUGAAGUUCCGUUUGAAAGCACGGAACCGACAGGAUCCGGCUUUACCGACGAUGAUCAACAGAAGAAGUCACAGAAAUGGGAUGAGAUGAACAUAUUGGCCACAUAUCACCCAGCUGAUAAAGACUACGGUCUGAUGAAAAUUGAUGAACCGAGUACACCAUAUAACCGGAUGGUAGGUGAAGAUGAUGAUGAAGUGCACAGCGAUUCAGAAGGUAACGCAGCCCUCACUGUGGAUGACCUCACUAAAAAACUGGCAGCUGCUGAGGGUUCAGGUCCUCGCUGUAUGCAAGAGGAAGAGGAAGAGGAGGAGAGCAGUGAGGAGGAAGAAGAGCUGAGUCCAGAAGAACAGGCCAAAAAGAAGCAGUUUGAGAUGAUGAGGAAGAUGCAUUAUAAUGAAGGACUUAAUAUUAAAAUGGCCAGACAGCUGAUCGCUAGAGAACUUCAGGAGGAGGAUGAUGAAGAGGAGGAUGAGGAGAUGAAGGAAGACAUGGAGACAGAAGAUAUCAAUGUAGACCCUCCUCAGGAUGCAGAUUCACUGGAGUCGUAAGCAAGGACGAGGUGCUUUGCGGAGUCUUUGAGGCUGUGAUUGAGGACGCGCUGCUCCCUGAUGUUCCUUUUGUAUUUAACACGCAAUGCAAUGCAAAACCACACCGACCCGCCGGCUGCUCCGUCUGUUGCCAAGAGUGUGUCGUGUUACUUUUGUCUUGCAAGAAACAAAGGCCCAAAGACUGUUAUCAGAGAGGCAAAGUCAUUUGUGAAAACCAAACUCCUGCUUCUUAUAUUUAAAGAUAACAUGCAGCCAAAAAUCUGCAGCGUUAGAACAAGCUAAUAAAGCCCCACAUAUCCCUGCUAGUAUUUUGCCUGUGGAAGCCGCAGUUCUUUCUAUGUUGGCAUCUCAGGCUUAUAUUAAUAUUUUUAUUCAUUAAUAAUUUGGUUUGAAUUUGGAUUGACAUGAACUGUCUACUGUGAAUUUGUCCCUCCAAUCAGAUGUCAUUAAAAACACGAAAAGAAGCUUUGCUAUCCAUUAAGCAUCCAAAACAUGGCUUUAAAUCUUAAAUAUUGGGUGGUUAGAGACUUUAAAGAAAAGUAUAUUUAUUAACCUGUUAAUAGCAAAAACCCACAGCAAGCUAUGUAGACAUGACAUGAGCCAACAUGGGUGUUUAGUUGGAGUUUAUACUGUUGUUGUUUUUUUUUUCCCUGAUCCUUUUUGCCAUCACGGUCAUUACUAAUAUUUAAUAAUGUUUAGAUCACCAUCAAAUAUGGAGUCAUUUUUUGUGCCAAACAUAUUAAAGCAACAAUCUAGCAUAUCCUCUCUUAACCCCAGGUGUUUGGUCUCUAAACCUUUUUGUAGUAAGAAUUGAACUAGCAAAGAAGAAAAACAUAAAGACCGCUCUUAAACAAUUUCAGCACACGUAGGCAAAGGAAAAAAAUAUUUUCUUAUUGUAAUGAAUCUUUAUCUGCCUCUCUUUUUGUAUGAUGUUUUAAUUGAUUAUUUAUUUCUUUUUCAUUUGUUUGGAAAUGAUGAAUUUCUUUUUUAUUUAGUUAAAUAAAUCUGCAAAGGAAGCCACUCCAUGUGACUUGCUUUCUAUUCACAUUCCUAGGAGAGAAUAGAUGAGCACUUAUGGGUUUUUUUUUUUUUGUUCUAAAGUUUUUGUUUCUAUAGGUAGGCUUAUUCAGAAACAUGCUCGGUGGUUUCUCGACAUAAACAUAUUUGAAAUCAUUAAUUAUGAAGUUUUAUGUACCUACGCAUAUUUAUUCUUUAUGGAAGCAGUCUAAAGCUGUAACAAAGUUUUCAGUACAAUUUUCUGGUUUCUCAAUAAUCUGAUCAUGUGUGGGGGUUUUUUUUUUCGUCUUUUUUUUUUUUUUUUAUCUUGGUAACAUUAAUAGUGCCAAAGAUAAAAUAUAUUUCUCCAAACCUUGAAUAAUUAAAUUUAAGUAUAAACUGAUUAAAUAAUGUUUUAAUGUAAAAAUGUUAUUUAAGUAGAAAUUAGAAUUUGUGUGGUACGAUAGGAAUUAACCACUUGGGAAUGUGUUAUAGUGAAAACAGAAGGAACUGAUACUUCAUGGUAUUUGUAGAUGCUAUAUAUUUUUGGCACUAAAAUGACUCCAUAAUGUACAUGUACCUGUUUUUCUAAAUAAUUUAGAUAAUUUGGGUGUUGUUAAUAAGGGUUGCCAUUGAGGACAGCCUUUUAAGGCUUAAAAUUAAAGGAAUAGUCAAAAAUGAUAUAUACAUGACAUCCUUUCCUCUGUCAGGUUUGGCAUCUUAGCUUGCUGCUUGUUCUUUAAUGGUGCACUGACACUAACCUAGCUGACAAGUAAGCUUCUAGCCACUAACCUCAGCAUCAUGCAACCUACAUAUCUCUAAGGGGAUUUAGGUGUACGUUUUAUUUUUUGACUUUAUCACUUGUUGAAGUAAAAUUUUAAUGUAAAAAAUGUAUUUAACUUUUAAAGAUUUAUUUGAUGUCUAGAAAUCUACUGUAUACACAGCUAAUGAACUCCGUUCUCUGUUACUAGAGAGCUGACAUACAGCUCUUAUGAACAUUAUAGUGAAAUAUUUCAUAAUAUCAAGGAAAAACUGUAUAAACUACUGAAGUUAAAAGGGAGCUUUUAAGGAAGGGGUUGAAAUCCCAGAGCGUUUUGGCUGUACUUCAAAUGUUUGUUAAGAGUCUUAGCAAAAAAAUGGAAAGUUUGUGUGUGAUUUGGGACGCUGUUGAAAGGCCUGCUAACUAGCAUGAAUGCUCAGACACACUAAAAAGUCUGUGUGUGGGAGAAAGAGAGAGCGAGGGAAUUAACGCUAGCAGUUAUGACAGUGUCUCUUUAUCUUUUAUUUUUUGCCAAUUUUUUUUCACAAUAUAGUUUCUACUUUGCAAUUCCACUACAGCUAUUUUUUUCCUUUUUAAAAUUGUGCUUUAGUCUUAAUUUUGUUUAUACUGAUUAAUUUAUUAUAAUUGCCUAAAUAUUCUCACCUGUUUUCUGAUAUUCUAUUGAUGCAGAGUGCCACAGCCUCGCAUCCUAGCAUUUACAUUUCACUACAGUUACCCUGUGCUGCUACACCCACGCCCCCUGGUGGAGAAGUGCAGGAGGGAAAAGGAAGGGAAUGUGUCAAAAGGAGACGUUACAGAGAUAAGUACGUCAGUCAGGGAGCGAAUGUGUGAAUGGUGGAGGGAAAGGAGGAGAAUUCGAAGCUUGAAGAACACCUUCAAGCUUCAAACGAUUCAAAAAGCAAAUGUAUAAUAAUGAAUAAAAGAAGUAGUGAAACGGGACAGGAAGCAUGUGAGUGAAUUAAGGAGUAAAGAAAUGUCUAAACACAACUUCAAAUGUGUAUAAAAUGAAGCCCUGUUCCUCACACCAAGGAACCACUUUUUCCCACCCCACCCCUCCCAGAUUGCCUCCUUCCUUUACUUCAGAUGUAUUUGAUCAGCAGUCUUUUUAAAUAUCUGAAGGUCACUUCUUGCUAAUAGCUAAUAGAUUUUAGUGUCAGCCAAAGUCUUUACAGUGAGACUUUCAGUGAGAUCAUAAUAGUUGCCCUCUUGGACAAGUGAAGUUUAGUGUUGCAUUUCCCACUUAGGUUCCAACUUCCAAAGGUUCCCAGUUUAUUUACAUGUUUUAUUCAUCUGUAAUCAUAUGAGUGUCUAUUUGCAGUAAACAUUUUGUGUGACUUACCUGUUAGCUUUGUGGGCCUCAUUGGUCCAGGUUGAUUAAAUAAACAGGUCUUAUGCACCGAAAAUCAAACACAUCAUGACUAAUCUAAGACAUUUGUUUGAAAUGCCCCUCAAGUAUUUGCACCCAGUUUGUAAAUUCAGGAUUCAGGAUCCCCCCUUUUUUUUCGGUGACUUAAUGCUGUAACACUCAUCGUGUGAGAGAGAGAGAGAGAGAGAUGCCAGAACAAUCUUCAGUGUUGGCUGUACUGUUGUGAGAAACAAAACCAACAUAUUAGAUGCAUUUACAUACUAAAGAAGCACAUUUAUUUACUUAUGAUCACAUAAAAGUGCUGGACACUUAAACAGAUCUGGUUAAAUCUGAAUUUCUGAUCUAUAUGAAGUGCUCAGUUAAUCUUUUAUGUCUUUUCCUGUCCUAAAUGUCUUUGGUGGGGGGGUUACACCUGACAUCUAAGGAUGUGUAUGUGAGAGAGAGGAAUAAAAUGAAUGUAAAAUCCUGUGUAAAUCUGUAAAUGCUCAUAUUUAUGUCCUAUAUUUUUAUGCUCAGUUCAUUGGUUGCCUUUUAUCUUUUUCAUUUCCCCAUAUAAUAGUGUUUCCUUCUGAGAACAAUAAAGCAGGUUUGCAUCAUUUUUUAUGAAGUGUGACUGCAUGUCCUUCACCAUGACAAGGUGUAAAUUAUUUGUCAUUGAUAAAAUGUUUAUUUACAGAAAUAAAUAUUUAGCCAAACAUU